GAAGAAAUACUCAAAUCAGUGCAUUACACCACAGAUGAUCAUGGCACAUGGUGUGCCACCAGCUGUGUGGUCAGAAUUGAAGAUUCCAGUGAACAUUCUUUUACAGAGCUGCUCCCUCAUGAAUGUGUGAUUUUGCCGAAAAUGCUAUCCUUCAAAGUAUCACACCCAUUCAGUGGUCAAUCAGUUACUGUGAAGCAAACCCAACUGCCUUUGCUCCCAGCAUUUUGUAUUACUGACUACAAAUCUCAAGGUAGGAUGAUGCCCAAAGUGAUCCUCAACAAUGAAAGUGCCUUUUCCAUUCAAUCCACUUAUGAUAUCACAUGCUACAUGAAAGGUCAGUUGGGGUUCCAACCUGGGUAA